GCAUUGGUGUGGCUGGAGUUACUUCCACUGUAAAAUCAUUCUUUAACUACUUUGAAAGUGUGUGGUUUCAAAAAGGCGUUUUCUUUCCCUAAAUACAUGUUGUCAUAGGAUUCAUUGAAUAGAAAAGGCAAACAUUGAAUAGACCCAUGUGUAAAUAAUACAAAUAUUUGUUAAUGAAUUAGACACUUGAAUAUACUAGGUAAUACAAUUGGGACAUUUAGUGUUCGGAUUGAAUGGUAAACUGGUAAGGAUCAGGUUUUUGGAGUAUUUUAUGUUUGAGAAUGUAAGCAACUUAUUAAAAGUAUGAAACUCACGUCCAUGUACACAUGUUCUUUGAUGUUCCUACUUUAAAGUCUGAUAGCAUAAUUUAAAAAUAGAAACAGGAGUACAUUUUUUAAUUGACAGCCCCAAACUUCCAAACUGGAUGCAGUUUGCAAGCUAGCUAAUGUCACUAAUACUACCAGCUUAAAUAACAACUCAAAAAAGAAUGAAAAAAAAAAACUCACCAAAGCCAACAUGCCUAAUCAGUUUUAUAGUAUAUUUUAAAGUGUAUCUUCAUGCAAUAAGAAGCUCCUACUUUGAAUUAAAAUGUAAAAUAAUUCAAAGCUAGUUAGCUAAAAACAUUAGCAUGUAGCAUGUAACAUGUUAGCUUGCCAUGCUUGUUUACUCCAUCAGUAAAGGAAUGUAGAGCUAACGUUAGCUACUAGCUGUCAAUCAAAUAGUCACUUGCGGCUGUUCUCAGAUCAGUCAGUGUGAUUCCCAGACCACAGCAGAGGCUUUCCCCGAGCAGCUAAUUCAUCUGACUUAAAGGAGGUUUUUAUACAAGUAUAAAGAACAGCUAAGUAUCACAGUUUUAUAUUUUCCGCUUCGACUCGUCGUUGUGACAUGUCUCUGUUUAUGGAGGACCCAGCUCACUUCUCUAAAUCCAGACUGAAGUCAGAACUCGUUGCCCACAAUGUCGUGUUGCCACCCGUCAAGAGCAGAAAGGAGAUUUAUGUGGACUUGCACUUAAAACACAUCGCUCAGAAAAACGCAGGGGAUUUUUCUAGCGACGAUGAGGAUCAAGAAAAUGAUUUGGCAGCCAAAGAGGAGGAUGCAGAGAUUCUGGUCCAGAGUUGCUUAACUGAUGAUGACCUCAAGGCUGUACUGCUUAAACAUGGGGUUAAAGCUGGGCCCAUAGUCGCCUCCACUAGAGCCUUGUAUGAGAAUAAGCUCCGGAGACUGCAACAGUCUGAAGGACAAGGCCAUGUAAACGGAGUAGAGAAAGGUGUAUUGUACUCUGACAGUGAAGAGGAGGAGGAACAAGGAGAACAAGAGGAUGGAGAGUCAGGUUCAGAAGGAGCAAAAGAAGAAAUCGAUGAACUGUCAAACCAAGCACAACAAGGGAGUAGCCAGAAUGGUGAUUUUGUUUACCCGCAGUGCUUUUUACUCUCAUCAAGGAUGCGGGCUCAUGCUACUAGAAAAUGGGAACCUAUUCCCAAGAGGAAUUCGCGGAAUGGGAUCAAAUCAUCCCAGCAGAUUCCCGUAGGAAUUACUAAAGCAUCCUCUGUAGAUCAACGCUCGGGAUUAGGAUCAGGGUUUCCAUCUGGAACACAUUCAGCCGUGUCCAAUGGUGGCUCAUCAAUCUCCCCUCAGCAGUCCUUCAGCAUCACUGAAAUGGUUCAAGAGAUGGAGAAGCGGAAGUCACUCUUUUCUUGCCCAAACACUGAGAGAGAGUUGAAUGGGAGCAAUGUGCAGGAACAUUGGUCGCGGUUCAACAGGCCGGACACUCCCAUCGUGGACACCAUGAAGAACCAGUCUCCAUACUACACUCCAAAGGAAUCCCCUUAUAAAAUGAAGCCGUCUCAAGAGCCUGUGAAAGAUACAAUAAAGGAGAUGUUUUUAAACAUGGAAGCCUCACCCACAGGGAUCUGUGCCACUCGUCGGAGGCCUAUUAAAGGUGCAGCAGGGAGACCUGUCCAGUACAUUUACCCAGACAGUCCCACCACCAUCGAGAGACGAGAGGUGGAGCGCCGCCUCGUGCCCAUCCACAUACAGAUUUUGGUUUUCUUCAUUGUGGCUUGCCUACUUUAUAUAAUUUAUGUUUGUGUUGAGGAAAACUCAUUUAAUCCAUUUGUUGCCUUACUGGACAGUCCAGGCCAGGGUUCAGAAAGUGAGGAAGGGCUUGUGCUUCAGGCUGAGACACAGGUCACACCAGUUAUCUCUCGACAGGAGUAACUUAAAGCUUUCCUUAAUCCUGUACAUCGACAUACAGAUGUGAGGCUGUGGGGGGUAUUCAAACCAGGUUGAUCAGGUUCUAUGAUCUCUUCAGGGAGCACAUUGCUUUACUAUUGACUGUGUGUCUGUAUGGGAGCAAACCUCAAAGUCCAGCUUCAGAGUUUUAUAUAUUUUGCUCAUAGAUACCAAAGCGCUCUCUGUCAGUGUAGUUGGGAAAAUAAACACUAUGUUCAGCAGAGACUUUAAAAUAUGUUCUUUAAGUUAUAAAUAAUAAAGUAUAAUGCUAAAAUUAUUUUCUAUUUCCUAACCCAAAUUGUGUAGUUUUCAAUCAGUUAGUGUCACUGUACUUGUAUGUAUUUUUUUAAACAUUUCAACCAUGUUUCAAUAAAGGAUGUUUUGCUUCAUA